AGCCGAUAAAUAUUAAAAAAUAAAAAAUAAAAGAUCAUCUCCACCCUUAAAACUUUGGUCAUGGUAUUCCAAUAACCUCUCUUCUGUUAAGAUGUAUUUCUUCAUUUUCUAUGCGUUUCUUGAGAAACAGAAUCUAAGCGAAAACGCUGAUGGCCCCACCUAGCAAAGUAUAGCAUAGCAUAACAGCAAAUACCUAUGUCAUUCUUUUCCCACUAGCUCAAAAGCCACAACUUGUGCCUCAAAAGACUCAAAAACACAAUCACCAUUGACUGACCGAGUCAGCUUCCAGUGAUCUCUUCCUUCUUCUUGUUCAUAAAUCCUUUAAGGUUCAUGGAUCAAGGAUAUCAGCAUUUGUGCCUUGCGAAAGCAAGGAGAUUGCUUUUUCUAGUGGGAGCAACAGUUGCUAUAGUUAUAGUGGUUCAAUAUCUUGAAUUUCCAUCUAGUAGAGUUUUAGUCUCUCUUUUCUCUGCCGUCAACACUAGAAGCUUCAUGUCCAGAAAUUCAUCGACAGGUUUGGAAGUGCUAGGUAACAUGACACUUUCAAAUGGUUUAAACACAACUAACACAGGUAUACUUCAUGAGACAACAGAUAGUGAUGAAGCCUCAGAUGACAAGAAAGAAACAGCCGAAGUUAGCAAAUCAGAAGAAAAGGAAGGAAGUCCAAAUAAUACUAAUGAAUCGGAAAGGAAAAGAGGCUCAAGUGACAGUUUUGGGUUAGUUUCAAAUGAAACUACAUCAGAUGAUCUUGCAAACCAAGACAAAAAUUCCACGUUAAAUACAAUUAAUGGCUCUGAAGAAAAGAAGGCUAUGGCACCUGAUGCUUCCUAUAUAAAUGUUGAUAAAGACAUUGCUCCAAUAUCAGGAAGAAACAGAAGCUCGGAUGCUGACCCUGGAUACCCAUCAUCUGCACCAACAAUGAUGAAUACAUUCUCUAAUAAAACAUUUUCAACUGAUGAAAAUUCGAGUCCAAUGAUUUUUGAGAGUUCAAACACCUCUUCAGUGAGAAAAGAUACUGCAGGAGCACUUAAAAGAGAUGAGAAUUCCAUGUCUACAAGUGGUUCUUUCUCAUCCAAAGUUACAGCAGCAAAGAGGAAAACAUCCAAGAAACCACCAUCCAGAGUAAUCUCAAUAUAUCAGAUGAAUGAAUUGCUUCGACAGAGUCAUGCUUCAUCCUCUUCAGUGAGACCACUGUGGCCUUCAGGAGUUGACCAGGAAAUGCUAUUUGCAAAAUCACAGAUUGAGAAUGCAUCCUUAGUAAAGAAUGAAAGUAGACUUUAUGCACCUAUAUAUCGCAAUGUUUCCAUGUUUAGGAGGAGUUAUGAACUAAUGGAGAAGAUGCUCAGAGUUUAUGUCUACCAGGAUGGUGAAAAACCCAUCUUCCAUCAGCCAAUACUUGAUGGAAUAUAUGCGUCAGAAGGAUGGUUUAUGAAGCAUAUGGAAGCUAAUGAAAAUUUUGUUACUAAAGACCCUGGAAAAGCUCAUUUAUUUUACCUUCCUUUCAGCUCAAGACUUCUUGAGUUAACACUUUAUGUUCGACACUCACACAGCCGUACAAACCUUAUCGAAUACAUGAGAAAUUAUGCAGGUACGAUAGCAGCAAAAUAUCAUUUCUGGAACAGAACUGGUGGAGCAGAUCAUUUUGUUGCUGCGUGCCAUGAUUGGGCACCUGCUGAAACUAGGGGGCCUUUGCUCAAUUGCAUCAGAGCCCUCUGUAAUGCUGAUAUUGAAGUAGGCUUCAGCAUUGGGAAAGAUGUGUCCCUUCCAGAAACAUAUGUGCGCUCAGCUCAGAAUCCUCUCAAAAAUUUGGAAGGCAACCCUCCCUCCCAAAGACCUAUCCUUGCUUUCUUUGCAGGUAACAUGCAUGGCUAUGUGAGACCAGUUCUUUUGGAUUACUGGGGCAACAAAGAUCCUGAUAUGAAAAUAUUUGGUCCUAUGCCUCAUGUCAAGGGUAAUGCAAACUACAUUCAACACAUGAAGAACAGCAAGUUCUGCAUUUGUCCGAGAGGUCACGAAGUGAACAGCCCACGAAUUGUGGAGGCUAUAUUCUACGAGUGUGUUCCAGUUAUAAUAUCUGAUAACUUUGUGCCUCCAUUUUUCGAGGUUUUAGAUUGGGAAUCCUUUGCUGUGAUUGUCUUGGAGAAAGAUAUCCCAAAUUUGAAGAAUAUACUUGUUUCAAUACCAGAAGAGAAGUAUAUAGAGAUGCAUAAGAGAGUGAAGAAGGUACAGCAGCAUUUUCUUUGGCAUUCUAAGCCUGAGAAGUAUGAUUUAUUUCAUAUGAUUCUCCACUCAGUUUGGUACAAUAGAAUUUUUCGAAUAAGACCUGCUUAAGUCUUGCAUGGUAAUUAUAUAACCUGGAAUGGUUUCUCUUUUUAGUCUAGCUUGAGGUGAGUCAAGCAUCUGGUUGUCGGAGCCUAAAAUCCAUCGCCUUACGCAGCCAUACCCCGCUGCUUCUGUGCCUUAUAC